GAUCAGGAAAAACGACAGCACGAUAAAAAUUAGAAUUGUUGCACUUCACAAAUUAAUGAUCAUGAGCUCCUACUUGAUCAAUUCAAAUUACAUCGAACCUUCUUUCCCACCCUGCGAGGAAUACCAGCAGAACGGAUACAUGCCCAUGCCCUCUGAUUAUUAUGAGCGGCCGAAAGACUCGGGCUUCCCCCAUCACGAGGAGGCAUCAUACCCGCGAACAAACUACCACGAACCGAGCUAUGAAUACGGUAAUGUGGCAACUAACGGUCUCAACGAUUUCACCGACCGUCAUCACGCGCAACCUCAAUCCGUUCCGCAGAAUCAUGGACCCCGCCUCAGUACAGAGAGCUGUACUGGUUCAACAGCAAACAAGGAUUGCAGCCUUGUGCCAGAGGCUCUUCCAGGCACACAGAAGGGUAAGGAGCCGGUGGUGUAUCCCUGGAUGAAAAAGGUCCAUGUUAAUACCGUGACCGCCAGCUACUCUGGAGGAGUGCCCAAGAGGUCUCGCACCGCCUACACGCGCCAGCAAGCUCUUGAGCUUGAGAAAGAGUUCCACUUUAACCGAUACCUGACUCGACGUCGACGAGUGGAGAUCGCACACACAAUGUGUCUUUCUGAGCGUCAGGUGAAAAUCUGGUUUCAGAACCGCCGUAUGAAGUGGAAGAAAGACCACAAGCUGCCAAAUACAAAGAUCCGCUCCUCGAGCUCUGCUCCCGCCAACCAUCAAGUGAAAACGGACGCCACUCAGCAGCAGCAAACACUACUUCCAACGCCGUGUUCCUCGAACCUAUAGUGCUAGAUGCACAAACGGAACUGAACAUGAAAGAAGAACACAUAGCAGUAUUAGGAUACUUCACAGGGUUACUUUUUAUUCAGUGUCCGACGAGGCAACCUCACUUUGCCUUCCCCAACCUCUUCUUCCCAACCUCUCUAAUUUGAGCUGGACGCACCCUUUCUGUAUAAAUAGAUGUUUUUUUUUUCUAAUGGAACAAUAGUAGAGUGUACUUAAACUUGGAUAAUGGAUCGUUACGUUCUCUUUCUUUAACCAAGGCAUACCGUCUUGUUUGUGAAGUUCACCACUGACGCGUGAACAAAUCACUUUGACGUUUUAACAUGAAGGCACAAGUAUAGGAACCAUUUCCAAAGGGGUAGUCAUCAUAUUUGUCUUAGUCUUAUGUUUUAGUGUAUUAUCUGUAUUUACGUCAUCAAAGCUGUGAAUAUUCGUGUAUUUGGUUAUUUGUAUAUUGGUGAAUUAUGUCGUUGUAUAAGUAAGCCUGUAUGCAUCAGUGGAAAUAAUAAAUAUGAGUUUAUUGUGUAUUAUCCCUGUAGGCUAAUUCAUGGAUAAGACAAGGUAGUCUAUGUGACAGAUGUUUUUG